AUGGCCUCAAGAACGAUAUCCCCGGCAGACCGGAUCCGAGAACUGGCGGCAAUCAACGCCGAAGUAGCGGCAAUCCUCCAAUCGGCUGGCCACGCAAUCAACGCCUUGACCCCUCGGCCUGUUCAAGAGAACAAUGCCUCGCCUUCUCUGGAAGAGCGCAAAGAAGCCUUCACCCACCACACGGAAGCAUACUACACGGGACUACAAUCCGUCGUGGCCCAACUUCGCCGACAAACCUAUGCUCUAGAGGAAGCAGGCAUCAUCGCCCCCGAGGCCUCUUCCAUCACUUCAACAACCCAGCAGCAGCGCCUUGGUGUGUCAGCACCGACUACAGCGCACGACUCGCAACGCAUUACAAAUGCUGGACUGGGCAAUCUGGACGUCGGGUGGCUGAAUAGUCGAGGGAAUAAGGUGGGGGCGGAGAAGGAGAAUGAGCUGGUGAAGGAGGCCAAGAAGCUGCUUCAGGAUGUUCUCGUGCAGGAUGAAGGGGCUGGGUGA